UAUUUUAAAAAAAUAUUAGGGCAGAGUGGUGCCGCAAAGCUUCACGACUGCCGUAAAGCAAACCAUCGUCUAGACCACGCCUACUUUUUUUUAUCUUCCUUUACGACAUCUACUGCCGCAAACGCGAUUUCCCUGUAGUCCCACGUGUGGGGGAGCCAUGGCGAGACACGGCAAACUCAAGGCGGGCGUGAGCAGCAAAGUACCUCGCUGGAAGAAGGGACAGAGCAGCAGUAGCAACCCCGCCACGAGCCGACAUCGCGAUGCCGCCCGCAGUCGCUUUUACGGUCGCAGCAAAGGCAAGAGCGACCUCACCGUGGCUUCGCUGCGCUUGCACGAUGACAUUCAGAGCGACCCCACGACGUCUGCUGGACCGGCGAGCGAGCGGACGCCGACAGUGGGGCCGGCCCAGGAUGCCGCCAGCGAGCGGACGGCUGGAACCUUCCUGAGCGGCCUCUCCGACAUCACCAACGCCACGUUUGGCCGCGUGCAACGCUACUGGCAGUCCAGCUCGGCAGCGCACAAGGAGAUCUGUGCUGUGUUGGCUGCCGUUACGGAAGUGAUUCGCUCAAAGGGAGGCACCGAGACCGAGACAGAGUACUUUGCGGCAUUUAUGACCGCUCUGGAGACGAUCGAGAGCGAAGAAUCCUUGGCAGCUGUCGCUUAUCUCCUCAACAUGGUCAUCAAGAGAGUCCCUUCCUCGGUGCUGAAGAAGAAGUUCUCCGACAUCUCCAAGGUGUUUGUCGACCUCAUGUCGACUCACACCAACUCGGCAACCAGCACUGUGCUCCGCUGGAUUUUGUCAUGCACGGCCGUGCUGCUAAGGAAGCAGGACCUCUCCGUCUGGGCCGAUGCCUCCACUAUGAACACGUUCCACGCCCUACUCAGCUUCGCGACGCACACCAAGCCCAAGGUGCGGCGGGCUGGCCAGCAGGCUGUGAGCGCUGUGAUCAGGGGCUCGGAGUUCAUGUUCGCAGAUGAAGCUCCUCCCCACCACCCAGCCGCUCCAAGCACCGCCAAGUUCUGCGUGCGCGAGAUCGAGGAGAACGGCGGGACGGGCGACGCGACAGCCACGCUUCACGUGCUAGGCCUGCUGAAGGAGGUGGUGCCCUGCCUGCCCACGCAGAGCCUCAAGGCGUGCUGCGAGAGCGUGCUGCGCAUGCUCGCGUUGGGCCACGUGCUGGUGACUGCACGCGGCAUGCAGGCGUUGCACGCGCUGUUCGCAGCGCAGCCCAAGCAGCACACGCUUCCCGCGGAGCUCAACGCACAGCUCAUCACGGCUCUGUACGAUUACCUGCCAAGCAUGAAUGACGUGCAGCCCAUGCUGGCCUGGCUGGCUGUGAUGGAGAGUGCACACGUCAAUCUGGCUCGGCUGAAUGGCAAGCUGUGCCUGAGCCAUCUCCCCCGACUGGUCAACAGCUCCAUGAACUGCAUGCUGUCUGACCGGUCAGAGGUCGCUGUGGCAGCUGCCCAGGCUAUCAAGACGGUGCUGGAGAAGUGCGUGGCUCCGCAAGUCGAGGACCUGGGCGUGCUGCUGAAGGGAGCUGCUCCUGGGCAGAACACACCUGUGCUAAAGAUGUUCCGGGCGGUGGAGGAUGGGCUCAAGUACCGCUACCACGCGGCCUGGAAGCUUGUGCUGCAGCUGCUUCAGACGUUCUUCCGCGUGCUCGGCCGGCAGUGCCACCCCAUCAUGAGCAAGUGCCUGGUGACGCUGGGCGAGCUGCGUGCAAGCGGACACUUUGCUCAUGUCUCUGAGCUGGAUGAGGCCAUCGGGGCAGCAGUGGAGAGCAUGGGUCCCUGCGUGCUGCUCCAAGCGCUGCCGCUGGGUAUCACGGGCACCGAGGAGACACCGGACUUGUCACACUCGUGGCUGCUCCCCGUAAUGCGAGACCACAUCCGCAACACUGAGAUUCACUUCUUCACUUCCUACUUCUUACCCCUUGCUGCCACGUUCAAGAGCAGAGCCUUGGAACUCAGGAGCACUGGAAAGAACUUGCAAGCCAAACUGUUUGAUACACUCCAGUGGCAGGUGUGGUCGCUGCUGCCAGGCUUCUUCACGAACCCCGUGGACCUGGUGCCAGCGUUCCGUGGUGUGGCGCGCGUGCUCGGCACGGCACUCACCGAGCGUCCUGACCUGCGCAUGCUCGUGUGCCAGGCGCUGCGUACGCUCGUCGGCAAGGGUUGCUCCUCCGACGACGAGCGAGCAGAGGUCGGCCGUUUCUCCAAGAACUUCCUGCCCAUCUUCUUCAACAUCUACACGGAGGGCGACUCCUCGCAGGGGGCGCCCGACGGCGCACGUCUCGCCGUGCUCGAGACGGUCAAAAGCUUCCUCUCCAUCACCGAUGAGCAGCUCAUCUGCAGCUUCUUCGAGAAGGCGAGCGACAAGUUCCAAAAUCCCCAGACGGAGCACGCGGUCAGGCUGCUGGUGAUGGACUUGGUGGUCGUGAUGACGCCGUUCGUGGAUGAGGCUCACCUGGCGAACAUCUACGCCACCGUGCUGCCUCACCUGCAGAGCCGAGACGUGGGCAUGCAGAAGAAGGCGUACCGCGUGGUGCAGGAGGCGUGCGCAGGCGAACGUCCCGCGUGCCAGAACUUUGUGCUCGGCCACCUCGCGUCCCUGCAGGAGGCGCUGCUCACCUCCCUGCGCUCCACCGCCUCCCCUGCCAAGCGGCCCCGCUUGAAGUGCCUGGCCCUGGUGGUGAAACAGCUCUCGGCCGAUCGGGAGGACUUCCUGACGGCCAUCAUCCCCGAGGUCAUCCUGUGCACCAAGGAGGUGGCGGUGAGCGCCCGCACCAGCUCCCUGAACUUGCUUGCCGAGAUAGGCCACGCUUUCCUGCGCUUCCAGCCCGACGACAAACCAGAGGCUCUGCGGCGCUACCUGGCCCUCGUCUACGCCGGCCUUGCUGGCUCCGUCACCAUGAUCAGCUGCACCGUGCUCGCCCUGACGCGCAUCCUCUUCGAGUUCAAAGACCACCUGGAGGGCAGCGUGCUGUCUCAGCUGCUGUCCAACGUGGUACUGCUGCUGUCGUCACACACGCGUGACGUCGUCAAGUCGGCACUCGGGUUCCUCAAGGUCGUCAUCUUUGUGACGGACGUGCGCACGCUGGCACAGCACGUGCAGCUCAUCGUGGAGGGCAUUGUUAAUUGGCGAGACGACAGCAGGAGACAUUUCCGCGCCAAGGUCAAGAACAUCUUCACAAAACUCGUUCGCAAGUUCGGCUACGAGAUGAUCGACAGCAUGGUGCCGGAGACGUACCACAAGGUGCUCGUCAACAUCCGCAAGGCAGAGGAACGAGCGCGCAAGAACCGUGCUCUGGGGCACGCCGGCGGUGACGACGAUGACGACGAUCAAGAUGACGGAGAUGCGGACGACGCUAAGUCCAGGCGCAGCAGCGUCCGGGACAAUGUGGAUCAGUUGCUGGCUGACAGCGACUCGGAGCCGGAGGGUGGCAAGGGGGAGGAGUCUGCAGGCCGGGGCGGCAAGAAGGCCCCGAAAGCCGCAAAGGCCUGGCUGCAGGAAGGCGAGGGCGACGAGCCCCUUGACUUCCUCGACCCGAGCGUGGCGCAGAGAGUCCUAGCCACCAAACCUGAGCAAAACCAGCGCAGUCACGUAAAGCACGACUUCAAGUUCUCUUCUGAUGGACGUCUCAUCAUCCGAGAUGAGGAGGAAGAGGAGGAAAAGAUGAAGAAAAAGAAAAGAGGCCAAGUGGACGAGGACGAGGAGCUCGCGGAUAUGAUGGCGGAGGUCGGCAUGCGAAAGAAUUCGAGCAACAGGAAGAGGAAGCUGGCGGCGAAGGACGAUGACGGAGACGAUGGCGCUGAUGAACCCAGAUACAAAGCUGGUGGUAGUGGUAUCCACCGUGCCGUGCGUGGGAAGAAAGAGGCUCCCGGAUUUGGAGCCGCGUAUAAAUCCAAGAGAGCAGCCGGAGAUGUGAAGAGGAAGGGAAAACCGGAUCCCUAUGCCUACGUCCCGCUUGACAAGGGACAGCUGAACCGAAGAAAAAGAGCGAAGAUGCAGGGCCAGUUCAAGGGCCUGGUGAAGGCCACGAAGAAGGGAGCUGCCAAGGGCAAAAGGCAGAAUACGAGAAACAAGAAACAUAAAUAAACCCAAUUAAACCCUCACCCCCCCCUACACGCUGUAACGACUUCGACAGGCGGAUUGCCACCCCUACAGAUUUGUCAGUAUUUCUGGUUCUUUUGACGUUUCACAUGUAGAAAAAUCUAUAUCGAAAACUCCUUUCUUGACAACCGCUUUUUGUGUUAAGUUUGUUGCCUUUCCCCCCGCAUCUCCAAUUAGCACGGUUGGCUACGUGCGGUACGAAAGAAGUUGGAACAAACAUACAUGGUCACCUAUAAAGCAAAACCGCCACCUGACAAUCAAAUUGGCCUGCAAGGUGGCCAGGAGAUGGCUGUGUACAGCGCCUGGUCUCAUGAAUCCCUCUUGGGAAGACUUGAGUGUUAUCCCCCAGGUAUCCGUAGGUUUCCUCUGCACCCUCCCGUUUUCUCCCACAUGCAGAAUACUAUUCAAAAAGGAAUUGCAGGAGCCUUGAGACUUGGUAAGGUUUUCCUGGAUAAAUAAGUUGCAUUAAUAUACAUUUGUUUUACACGUAGGUAAUUUAUUGUAAUUUAUAUGCAUACAUUAACCCUCCUCCUCUGGUCUUCACACCUAAUUGGCUCACAAGUGACGACAUCACAUUUAUCUCUCUAUUUAAGACCGAUACAGGAGGAUUUCUUUACAACUCUGGCUGUCGCCUGAUGAGUCUCAUUGUAACUACUGGCGAAAUGUUGUACUCGAAUUGUAAAUGUUGUAGUGGGUUUACUCUACAACACACCGUUGUGCUGUACUCGUAACAAAUGGGCAUCUUUUGUUUACGUUACAUAAUUUACUAAUUGGGUGUGUUGAGUGGUGGCGGGCUUAAUGACACAUAUUCAACCCAAUUAUUUCAUAUUACGCAGAACACUACCCUCUGGAAACCCGGUAACCGCUGUUCAAUUCCCAACCAUGGCUAAAAUCUGUUCACGUGAUACUUGAACUGGUUCUAGGCCUCUAUCAACCCGCAUUGACCAUUUUGGUCAAGUAUGGUGGUCAAGUAUGGUCAAACAACCCCCAAUGACUGGCAUGGCAUCAGGAGGCCAUCGAGCAGUGUAUUGGCAAAGGGGCCUUGCAUAUAUGCAUCGUAGCCACUCCGCUGUAACUGGGGGUGGAUAACUUAGACUUACAUUUCAUACGGCCCAUAGCCACAUUGAAGCCUACAACUUCAAAACAUCCCCCAAACGAUCUUGAUUUGAAGCUUUAGUGACUGCAGGAAUUCAUACUCUUUGGUUCUUUCUUUUGGCCUGUUUGUGUUGGGUCGACACGCACGUUAUUGCGUUAUUAGUUCGCACAAAGCUUUGCGAACUAAUAUUUGCGGCCUCCAAAAUUCUUUGAAAAUCCUAUUGGGCCCUCAAAGGAAUAGGUUCCACAUCUUGUGUAAACAUUGCUCAUGCAAACAAUCAAAUGUACAAACGCACAAACGUGUCCUCCAUAUUGCGGUGUUUUUCUGGUUAAUGUUAAUUGGGGCGAUUAUGCAUUGGGUAUCACAAACGUCUCUCCUCACCCACUCCACCGCAGUUGGUCUUCGUCGUGUUUUACAAUCGUUUUCAUGAUUUUUUUGGCUGAUGUUGAGGUAGAGCAACUACAAUUUUACAUUGAUGUGGUUGAGCUAAAUAAUUGGAUCAGGAGUAGCAGAGUCUUGUAUCGCUGCUGUGAUGUUUUUUUCAUUGUAUUUGUGAAUCGGGUUUUUGAGCCGUUAUAUGUUCCAUAGCCUAUUCUGGGUGACCACAGUCGCACACCGGAGAUGUUUCAAUUUGCGAUUUGAGCAUCAAGUAUCCGCAACUGCUGCCAGGGUAUUUUUCAUUGAUCGAGUGUAACUGGAAACGUUUACUGCGGUGGGCUGGGAAGCCUCAAUUGCGAGAACACAAUUUGGGAUGGUAGCUUUCAUCAAUAAUUAAAGCAAGAGUAAAUUUUGGUCAUUUUAUUUAUAUUUUGGUUUUGUCAUGUAGUGCCUGCGGGAGUCUUCCGAUGUACCGCGUAUUAUUUUAUUCCAGUAUUUAAACACCCCCUUGAGGUCUUUGUCACUUUACAGUAUUUCAUAUUUUCUAAAACAUGUGUUGUACCAAGAUGCGAGUUUUCUUCAUCUUGCAUGUUUUACCAAUUCCUUUUUGACAUUUAUUUUUUGCAUGUGAGGGCAUUCACUGUGUACAGUUCAAGUUUAGAAAUAAAUUCCGUAUAGUAUACGAA